CAAAAACAAAGCACCAGAAACACUUCCCGAUCAUCGUGAAUGGUUUUGGGGUUGCAUGUAAAUUUUUUAAGAUUACAAAUACGCCCCACAAUUUAAGAAAAUAAUUUCCAAAGUCGCCACCUUUGGGACUAUAUUUUGAAUGUUUUCUAGGAGAUAUUUUCGCCAGUGACCAAAUUCCUGAACAACAUUAUCCAAAAUUCCAGAUACAGUAAAUCUACACAGAAAGGCAAAAACCCUGAACUGAUAAGGAAAAAGCCCGUGUUCCCAAUCCCAAACACAAAGCCACACAAUUCGGACCAAAAGAGUUCAAAGUGCAAACGGAAAACGGUUAUCCGACUCGAAAUUUUAGUAGUCUGCAGAAAUUUUUCUUCUUCUUCUUCUUCGAGGAAUGGCUCUUUCGACCGCUUUAAACCGGCCCAUUAUCUCCUUCAAUGCCACAUCUUCCCCAAUCUCUUGUUUCCUGCAACCGAAUGGUAUCAAUAGCUGUCAGAAUAAUGGUCCAAUGGUGGUGGGAUUUCAUAAAACAUAUAAUCAGUCUCUGGUCGUUAGUUGCUGCUCUGGCUCUGGUGAAGGUUCCCCCUCCGAUUCUAUGAAUUUGCGUGGUAGUGCCGGAUUCCGAAUUCUGGGGAUCGAUGCACUGCAGCCACAUUUUUCAUCAAUUCCUAGGCCUGCUUUUGGUGUCCAAAUGAAUGACAGCAGCUUGCAAAAACCAUCAUAUAAAUGGCGUAGGGUAAGCGGGGAGGCACUUGCAGGAGAUCAAACACAAAAUAUUGACCCAAAGAUCACAAUGUCCAUUGCACGGGAGGUUGCAGCUGUUACUCGGCUUGGUAUUGAGGUCGCGAUUGUUGUUGGAGGAGGAAAUAUCUUCCGUGGGGCCUCCUGGGCAGGGAGCAGUGGCCUUGACCGUUCUUCUGCUGAUUAUAUUGGGAUGCUAGCAACUGUGAUGAACGCAAUUUUCCUACAAGCAACGAUGGAGAGCAUUGGGAUCCCAACAAGGGUUCAGACAGCUUUUCGCAUGUCUGAAGUUGCUGAGCCGUACAUAAGAAGACGAGCAGUGAGGCAUCUUGAGAAAGGAAGAGUUGUAAUAUUCGCGGCAGGCACUGGUAAUCCCUUCUUCACCACCGAUACUGCUGCUGCUCUUCGGAGUGCCGAGAUAAAUGCUGAGGUGGUGCUUAAAGCUACAAAUGUGGAUGGUGUGUAUGAUAAGGAUCCCAAGCAAGACCCUAAUGCCCAUCUGCUUGAAACCCUAACUUAUCAAGAUGUUAUUUCAAAGGAACUAUCUGUUAUGGAUUUGACAGCCAUCACUCUGUGCCAAGAGAACAACAUUCCUGUUGUGGUGUUUAACUUGAAUAAGGCGGGGAACAUUUCGAAAGCAAUUAAGGGUGAGAGUGUCGGAACAUUGAUUGGAGGGUCUCAGAGGUCGGCUGCGGCCACAACUUCGAACAAUUAGUCAGUUAAAUUAUAAAUAACUAAUAAAUAUAGGCUUUCUUCUCUUUAGGUGUUGUGUUACAACUUACAAGAGUAUUUUGCAACAUGUCAAUGUUGACUCUUACUUUUUCCUCUUGUAAAACCAGACUGUUCAGGGGAUCUUUUAGCAGCAAUCAGUUUUGAAUCUCAAAAUCAUGAUACUUAUAUUAACAAUAUCCAAACCUGGUUGAUAAUUUGUGUGUGUGUGUGUGUGGUGUUCUUUUAGUCCUUUCAGUUUCAGUCAAAUGAAUUAAAU